AUGCCGGGUGCAUAUAAAGGGGAGUGUGGGGACAAUGUGGAUCCCAUGCCGUUCCUGGUUCCCUCAGAGAAGGAGCGACUGGAUGCUAUGAAUAAACCAUACGACAUCAAGCGCUCCUGCUGGAUCAAAGAUGAGAAGGAGGCUUUCAUUGCUGGGGAGAUUCAGUCUGAAGAUGGGGACAAAGUCACCAUCAAGACCACCAAGAACACUACUGUGACUAUGAAGAAGGAUGAUGUACAGCAGAUGAACCCUCCUAAGUUCUACCAAGCCAGCGACAUGGCCGACCUCACUUUCCUCAACGAGGCCAGCGUCUUGGAAAACCUGCGCAGCCGAUACGUCAGCAUGAGGAUCUAUACCUACUCGGGCCUCUUCUGUGUGACGAUCAACCCAUACAAAUGGCUGCCCAUCUAUGGCGCUAAAGUGGCCCAGCUAUACAAAGGGAAGAAACGCAGCGAAGUUCCUCCUCACCUCUUCUCCAUCUCUGACAACGCUUAUCACGACAUGAUGAUGGAGCAUGAGAACCAGUCUAUGCUGAUCACUGGAGAAUCUGGUGCUGGCAAGACUGAGAACACUAAGAAGGUCAUCCAGUACUUUGCCAAUGUUGGAGCCACUGGGAGCAAAGCCUCAGACUCCAAGGGGUCUCUGGAGGACCAGAUCAUUCAGGCUAACCCAGUGCUGGAGGCAUUUGGCAACGCCAAGACAAUCAGGAACAACAACUCCUCACGCUUUGGAAAGUUCAUUCGCAUCCACUUUGGGCCAACAGCUAAGCUGGCUGGUGCCGAUAUUGAGACCUAUCUCCUGGAAAAAUCAAGAGUGAUUUCCCAGCAGGCUGCUGAGAGAGGAUACCACAUCUUCUACCAACUCCUCUCUGGAAGGAAGCCAGAACUCAUAGAGGCUCUGCUGCUGAACCCAGACCCCAAACAGUAUGUGUGGGUGUGUCAGGGAGUCACUGUGGUGGACAACAUGGACGAUGGAGAGGAGCUAAUGCUCACUGACGAAGCCUUUGAUGUCCUGGGCUUCACUCCUGAGGAGAAGAUGAGCGUGUACAAGCUGACUGGAGGCAUAAUGCACUUCGGAAACAUGAAGUUCAAACAGAAACCCAGAGAAGAACAGGCUGAUGUGGAUUCCACUGAGGUGGCUGACAAAGUCGCUCACCUCAUGGCCAUCAACUCUGGAGAGCUGCAGAAGGGAAUAACACGCCCCAGGGUCAAGGUUGGCAAUGAGUUUGUGACCAAAGGUCAAAACCAGGACCAGUGUGUGUACUCCAUCGGUGCACUGGCAAAAGCCAUUUAUGACCGCAUGUUUAAGUGGAUGGUGACCCGGAUCAAUAAGACCCUGGACACCAAGAUGCAGCGGCAGUACUUCAUAGGAGUGUUGGACAUUGCUGGGUUUGAGAUCUUUGAGUUCAACAGCUUCGAGCAGCUGUGCAUCAACUUCACCAAUGAGAAGCUGCAGCAGUUCUUCAACCACCACAUGUUUGUGCUGGAGCAAGAAGAGUACAAGAAGGAGGGUAUCGAUUGGGUCUUCAUUGACUUUGGCCUGGACCUGCAGGCCUGUAUCGACCUGCUGGAAAAGCCUAUGGGGAUUUUCUCCAUCCUGGAGGAGCAGUGUGUGUUUCCGAAAGCAACAGACGCAACCUUCAAAGCAGCUCUGUAUGACAACCACCUGGGCAAGUCCUCCAAUUUUCUCAAGCCGAAAGGGGGGAAGAAAGGACCCGAGGCCCACUUCGAACUGGUGCACUAUGCUGGCACUGUGGGUUACAACAUCGCUGCCUGGCUGGAGAAGAACAAAGACCCUCUGAAUGAGACAGUGGUGGGACUCUUUCAGAAGUCCUCCAUGCCCCUGCUGGCUCUGCUCUUCAAAGAGGAGGAGGCUGCUGCAGGAACCAAGAAGCAGAAGAAAGGGUCUUCCUUCCAAACUGUCUCCAACUUCUACAGGGAACAAUUGAACAAGCUGAUGAGCACCCUGCGAAGCACUGCUCCACACUUUGUCCGCUGCAUCGUGCCCAAUGAGUUCAAGAAGUCAGGUGUUACCGAUAACCAUCUGAUCCUGCACCAGUUAGCCUGUAACGGCGUGCUAGAGGGGAUCCGUAUCUGCAGGAAAGGAUUCCCCAAUAGACUACAGUACCCAGAAUUCAAACAGAGGUACUACAUCCUCAACCCCAACGUCAUCCCUAAGGGAUUCGUUGACAACAAGAAGGCCUCUGAGCUCAUACUAAGCUCUAUUGGCCUGGAUAAUAUGGAGUACCGCAUCGGCCACAGCAAGGUGUUUUUCCGUGCAGGCGUCCUGGCAAAGCUGGAGGACAUGCGUGACGAGCGGCUGGCGAAGAUCAUAACCAUGCUGCAGGCUCAACUUAGAGGAACUCUAAUGAGGAUUGAGUUUAAGAAGAUGGUGGACAGACGAAUUGGACUGAUGGCCAUCCAGCGCAACGUGAGGAAGUUCCUUCAGUUACGCUUCUGGGGUUGGUGGAAACUCUACACUAAGGUGAAGCCCCUGCUGAUGGUCGCCCGUCAGGAGGAGAUCUUCAAGGCCAAGGAAGAGGAGCUGAGGGAGGCGGUGGAGAAGGUCAAGGAGCUGGAGGGCAAGAUCAAAUAUCUUGAAGGGAAGAUGGUCACUCUGUCACAGGAGAAGAACGACCUGGCCCUGGCGCUGGCUGCAGAGCAGGACACGCUGGGUGAUGCCGAGGAGCGCUGCACCCAGCUGAUGCACCAAAAGGUCCACCUGGAGGAGUCAGUACAGGAUAUGCGUGAGCGCCUGGAGGAAGAAGAGAGCAACACAGCCUCCCUCCAGAGUCAGAGGAGGCAGCUGGAGGGGGAAAUGACCGAGCUCAAGAGAGACCUGGAGUCUCUGGAGUCCACACUGGCCAAGAUUGAGAAGGAGAAACAGGGUCUGGACUUCAAGGUGCGGACUCUGACAGGUGACCUGAGUCAGAGGGACGACCAUAUUGCCAAGCUGCAGAAGGAAAAGAGAACUCUGGAGGAACUGCAACAGAAAACUGUGGAGGAUCUCCAGACAGAAGAAGACAAAGUUAACCAUCUAACCAAGACAAACAGCAAGCUCAACACCCAAGUGAAUGAGCUGGAGGACAGCUGGGAGCAGGAGAAGAGGAUCAGGGCAGAGGUGGAGAAAGCGAGGAGGAAGGCAGAGGGAGACCUGAAGAUGACAAUAGAGAACCUGAACGAGAUGGAGAACGCAAAGCUCGAUCUGGAGGAGGUCAUCAAGAAGAGAGACUUUGAGAUCAACAACAUGAACUCCAAGCUGGAGGACGAGCAAGCUCUCAGCUCCAUGCUCAGCCGCAAGCUCAAAGAGCACCAGGGCCGCAUUGAGGAGCUGGAGGAGGAGCUGGAAGCUGAACGAGCCAUGAGAGCCAAGGUUGAGAAGCAGAGGGCAGAGCUGUCGCGAGAUCUGGAGGAUCUCAGUGAUAGGCUGGAAGAGGCAGGAGGAGCCACCGUCGCCCAGAUUGAGCAGAACAGAAAGCGGGAGGCGGACCUGCUAAAGCUGAGGAGGGAGCUGGAGGAGGCAGCGCUCCAAUCAGAGGCCACGGCAGCGGCGUUGAGGAAGAAGCACUCAGACGCGAUGGCUGAGCUGGGCGAGCAGCUGGAGAACCUGACCAGGCUGAAAGUCAAACUGGAGAAGGACAAACUGAGCAUGAAGGCUGAGAUCGAAGACCUCAACGCCACCAUGGAGGCCACUCAGAAGGCAAAGAUGAACUCUGAGGCACACGCCCAUAAGCUGGAGGACAACCUGGCAGAGGCCAAUGCUCGCCUGGCUGAGAUGGAGCGCACUCAGACUGAGCUCAACACUGCCAAAAUCCAUCUGACUGCGGAGAACAAUGACUUAAGCCGGGAGUUGGAGGAUGUGCAGAGUAAGUUGACCCAGGUGACCAGGCUGAAGGCCUCGCUCACCUCGCAGAUCGAUGAGCUCAAGAGACAGGUGGAUGAGGAGAGCAAGGGUCGUAACACGGCAGUGGUGGCCCUGGCCAACGCCCGUCACGACCUCUCCCUGCUGAAGGAGCAGCUGGAGGAGGAGUCGGAGGCCCGCGGGGAGCUGCAGCGCCUCGUGUCCAAGCUCAAUGCUGACGUCACCUCCUGGAGGAGCAAGUAUGAGACCGAUGCCAUCCACCGCACCGAGGAGCUGGAGGAGACCAAGCGCAAACUUGCAGUUCGUCUCCAGGAGGCUGAGGAGGCAGCGGAGGCGGCCCAAGCCAGAGCUGCCAGCUUGGAGAAGGUCAAGCAGAGGCUGCAGGGAGAGGUGGAGGACCUUACCAUAGACCUAGAGAAGUCCAACGCGGCGGCGGCAGCUCUGGAUAAGAAGCAGCGAGUUUUCGACAAGCUGGCGGCCGAGUGGAGCCAGAAGAAUGAGGAGCUGCAACUGGAACUGGACAACAGCCAGAAGGAGAGUCGCUCCUAUAUGACAGAGCUCUACAAGCUGAAGACGGCCUAUGAGGAGAGCCAGGAUCAGAUAGAGACCAUCCGCAAGGAGAACAAAACCCUCUCAGAGGAGAUCAAGGAGGUGGUCGACCAGCUUGGCGAAGGAGGCCGCAGCUUCCACGAGCUGCAGAAGGCCAAAAAGAAACUGGAGGUGGAGAAGGAGGAGCUGCAGCUGGCUCUGGAGGAGGCCGAAGCUUCACUAGAGGUAGAGGAAGGUAAACUGGUGCGUGUACAGCUGGAGCUGGCUCAAGUCAAAGCUGACAUCGAUCGCAGAAUCCACGAGAAGGAGGAGGAGUUUGAAGUCACCAGGAAGAACCACGCGCGUGCAGUGGAGUCGCUGCAGGCCAGCCUGGAGGCGGAGGCCAAAGGUCGUGCCGAGGCUCUGAGGAUGAAGAAGAAGAUGGAGGGAGACUUGAACGAGAUGGAGAUUCAGCUGGAGCAUGCUAACAGGAACAACGCUGAGCUGGUCAAAACCCUCAAGAAGCUGCAGCAGCAGAUCAAAGAUCUGCAGGUGCAGAUGGAUGAGGACGCCCGGCAGCACGAGGAGCUGAGGGAGAAGUACAGCCUCCAGGAGCGACGUCUGUGUCUCAUGCAGGGAGAGAUGGAGGAGCUGAGAGGAGGCCUGGAGGCGUCCGAGAGGGCCCGCAAACAAAUAGAGCAGGAGCUGGUGGACACCACAGAGAGGUUCAAUGAGAUCAAAAUGCAGAACCAAAGUCUGACUAUCCUGAAGAGAAAACUGGAGGCUGACCUCGCCCGACUGUCCAGUGAGAAUGAAGAGCUGAUCUCAGAGUUUCGUUCUGCUGAAGAAAGAGCCAAGAAGGCUGUGACCGAUGCAACACGACUGUGUGAGGAGCUUCGGCAGGAGCAGGACCGGAGCUCCCACCUGGAGAAGAUCAAGAAGAACCAGGAGCAGAAUCUCAGAGACCUCACACUAAGGCUGGAGGAGGCUGAGCAACAGGCUCUGAAGGCCGGAAAACGCACCAUCCAGAAACUGGAAACCAGGAUCAAGGAGUUGGAGAAUGAGCUGGACCAGGAGCAGAAGCGCCACGUGGAGACAGUGAAAAUCCUCCGGAAGGGAGAGCGUCGACUCAAGGAGCUGAUCUUUCAGACAGAGGAGGACCACAAGACCAAUCAGCGCAUGCAGGAGCUGGUGGAGAAACUCCAGAACAAGCUCAAGUCCUACAAACGGCAGAUAGAGGACGCGGAGGAGCAGGCCAACAGCAGCCUGUCGAAGUACAGGAAGACAGUCCACGAUCUGGAUGAUGCUGAGGAGCGUGCAGAAAUGGCGGAGAUGGCCCUGAAUAAAAUCAGGACCAGGAAUCGAGCCUCAGCCACUAAAGGCUUCACCUCAGUGGAGAUCGUCCAGGUCACCAAGCCCACCAGUGGAGGACAGGACGGAUAG